GGUCUUAACUUUCUAAGAUUCCUUCCACAAUGAAAACAGAAAUUUCAUUUUCGAUGGUACAAGUAUAGUCAGGAGUUGGAAAUACAUCAAAGGCACCUACUUGAGAAAGUGGGAUUUUAGCUGUAUUUUUUGGUACAUAUGCAUUUAUCUGCGCUGCUUCCAUGGGACAAAUACUUCUAUCUGUUAGGUUGCCAAGGUUUUUUCCUUUUAGAAGAAACAGCACUGUCAUCGCUACGUCGAACACCAAAGGAAUAAGUAAUCUCAAUGAAAAUAUGCAAGGCGUUACACUCGAGGGUGUGGCCUACUAGUUAAAGAAAUCGGUGAAAAUCAUGGGGUACCAUGGGUCAAAUCCAGCAGAAACCAAAAAUAUAAGUGACAUUUUUCCUAUCCGUAUAAUUCUUCGUAGCUGGUGGAAUAGUCGAGGUCUGUGUAAACUAGCCACUGAAACCACCAUGACAUGGUUAUAAACUUGGGAUUAAAAAGUGAUCAGGAAGCUGCAAAGAAUAAUCUUUUAUGAAUUUCUUGAUCACCUUAGUUAUUAAAGUAACAUUCCGUUCAGAAGUGCAUUAUCUUUCUCUAACAUUUGUCUAUAACAGAAAAAGUAGAUAAGUGUCUUGAUCAUAACACAACCAUGUCCUUUGCCUAUAAAUUCAUAGUUACUUUCAUUUGGCCUAAACACCACUAAAGAUCCUAUAGGAGUCAUAUACAAAGAGUUAACUAAUGGCAUCAGCUAGUACACCUGAAAACAAAAAGAUCAAUGGCACUAUUGUCCUUAUAAAAAAGAGAGCUUUAGAACUUGUUCCAUCUGAAGUUGUUCAACAUCAAGCUUAUGAGAUUCUUGGGCAUAAGGUCACCUUGCAGCUUAUCAGUUCUGUUAUUGAAGAUUCCGGGAAAGAAAUGAAAGGGAAACUUGGGAAACCCACUCCCUUGAGAGAUGAGAAUAGCUUAGGCAAUGAAUCAAAGUUCAGUGUCACAUUUGAUUGGGAUGAAGAAUUUGGAACUCCAGGAGCAUUCAUCAUCAAGAACUUUAAUGCUAGUGAGUUCUUUCUCAAGAAACUGACUCUUGAAGUUGAUGAUCCAAGUGGUAUACAUUUUGUCUGCAAUUCUUGGGUUUAUCCAGCUGAAAAGUACAACUCAGACCGCGUUUUCUUUGUCAAUCAGGCUUGGCUUCCGAGUGAAACUCCAGUACAAUUACGCUGGUAUAGGGAAGAGGAAUUGUUGAACUUGAGAGGAAAUGGAAUUGGAAAACUCGAGGAGUGGGACAGGGUUUAUGACUAUGCUCAUUACAAUGACCUUGGAGAUCCAGAAAAGGGUUCAACUUACGUCAGGUCAAUCCUAGGAGGAUCUGCAAAGUAUCCUUAUCCACGUAGAGGAAGAACCGGAAGACCACCAACAAAAACAGAUCCUAAUUCCGAGAGCCGGCUGCCACUGCUAAUGAGCUUUGGCAUUUAUGUUCCACGGGAUGAGAAGUUUGCACCCUUAAAGAUGACGGAUUUUGUCAGUAUAGCACUUAAGGUCAUCAUUCAGCUCCUUGUCCCCGAGCUCGAGUCUUUAGGAAACAUCAGCCUCAAUGACUUCAACAGCUUUGAAGAGAUUUUAAAAAUUUAUGGAGGAGGAAUCAAUCUUCCAGAUGAUCUUUUGCUGAGAAGUAGUACAGAGAUGCUCAAGGAAUUUAUUCAAAUUGCUGGUCAGGAGUUCCUUAAGUAUCCGAUGCCACAGGUUAUAAAAGCGGAUAAGUCAGCUUGGAGGACUGACGAGGAAUUUGCAAGAGAGAUGCUGGCUGGAAUAAACCCUGUCUGCAUUUGUGGCCUUAAAGAGUUCCCUCUGACUAGUAAGCUGGACCCUAGAGUCUAUGGCGACCAAACUAGCAAGAUAACCAGAAAACACAUACAAAAUCAGUUAGAUGCAUUGACUAUAGAGGAGGCCAUCAAGGCAAAUCAGCUUUUCGUACUGAAUCAUCAUGACACAGUUAUGCCAUAUCUGAGGCAGAUCAAUAUGACCAGUGCAAAAAUCUAUGCCUCAAGAACUCUCCUCUUUCUACAAAAAGAUGGGACUUUGAAGCCGCUAGCCAUUGAACUAAGCUUGGCUCAUCCUGAUGGAGAUCAACAUGGUGCCAUUAGCAAAGUUUUUACACCACAGGAAGAUGGCGUUGAGGCUUCCAUAUGGCAAUUGGCUAAAGCUUAUGUCUCAGUCAAUGACUCUGGAGUUCAUCAGCUAAUUAGCCACUGGUUACACACUCAUGCCACAAUCGAGCCAUUUGUGAUUGCGACAAACAGGCAGCUAAGCGUGCUUCAUCCUAUCUAUAAGCUUUUGCAUCCACACUUCCGUGAUACAAUGCACAUAAAUGCUUUGGCUAGACAGACUCUACUUAAUGCUGGAGGAAUUCUUGAGCAAACAGUUUUCCCUACAAAAUAUGCCAUGGAGAUGACAUCAAUAGCUUACAAGGACUGGAUUUUUCCUGAACAGGCCCUUCCUGCUGAUCUCAUCAAGAGAGGUGUGGCAAUUGAGGAUCCUGAAUCUGAACAAGGUGUCCGCCUACUGAUUGAGGACUAUCCAUAUGCUGUGGAUGGGCUAGAAAUAUGGUUGGCAAUCAAAAGCUGGGUUCAGGAGUACUGCACCUGCUAUUACAAAACAGAUGACAUGAUUCAGAAAGAUACUGAACUCCAAGCCUGGUGGAAAGAACUCAGAGAAGAGGGACACGGUGACAAGAAAGAUGAGCCAUGGUGGCCUAAAAUGCAGACCCUCAGAGAGCUAAUUGACUCCUGCACCAUCAUUAUCUGGAUCGCUUCUGCUCUUCAUGCAGCCAUCAAUUUCGGUCAGUAUCCUUAUGGUGGCUACCUACCAAAUCGCCCUUCAAUGAGCCGAAGGUUCAUGCCUGAACCAGGCAGUCCAGAGUAUGAAGAGCUGAAGACAAACCCUGAAAAAGGAUAUCUGAGAACAAUUACACCACAACUCCAGACUCUAAUCGGAAUUUCUGCUAUCGAGAUUUUGUCAACACAUUCUUCAGAUGAAAUUUACCUUGGUCAAAGAGACACUCCUGAAUGGACUAAUGACAAAGAGCCAUUACAAGCUUUUGAAAGAUUUGGAAAGAAGCUGGCUGAAAUUGAAGAAAAGAUUAUAAAGAUGAACAAUGACAAGAAAACGAAGAACAGGAUUGGACCUAUUAAGAUGCCAUAUACAUUGCUUUAUCCUAAAAGUGAACCAGGACUUACUGGCAAAGGAAUACCAAACAGUAUCUCUAUAUAAAGUUGUUAUCUAUACCAUCACUUUGGGUAUAAGAUUCAACUUUAUUAGCACUAUACUUCAACAAUAUGCUUCCUAAUUAUCUAGGUUGGAAGUCAAAGACUAAAACAGCAACAGUUAAUGACUAAUAUUUGAAUUAUCUACUAAAUUUUGGAAAUAAUAUUUCUACUAUAUAUGAAAAUUGGUACUAUGAUUUUACA